AUGGAUCCGGCCCGCCGCAUCGCGUUCCCCAGCGUCGCUCUGCCCGAGCACGACCACGACGGCGGCGGCAUCGCGUUCCCCCACCCGGCGUACCGCGCGCUCUACGACCUCCCGACGUCGCCCGAGAUGCUCUUCGAGGACGAGGCGCGCCGGAAGGGCCUCACCUGGGGCGAGCACCUCACCCUGUGCACGGGCGUCGGUUACCUCACGGGCGCCGCGGCGGGCGCCGUCCCGGGGCUCCGCCGCGCGGCCGUCGAGGCGGAGCGCGGGGAGCCGCUCAAGCUGCGCGCCAACCGCGUCCUCAACAGCUGCGGCUCCGCGGGCCGCGCCUACGGCAACCGGCUCGGCGUGAUCGCGAUGCUCUUCUCCGCCACCAAGUCUGGCGUCAGCGGGUGCAGGUCUGGCGCGGACGACUGGAUCAACGCCGCGGUAGCCGGGGUCGGCACCGGUGCGCUCUAUCGCAUGCCGGGCGGGCCGCGGUCUGCCAUCGUCGGCGGCAUUGUCGGGGGUCUCCUGGCAGCGGCCGCCGUUGUUGCAGGGAGGCCCGUGCUUGGGAAAUUCGCGCCAAAUCUUGGCAUCUGA